AGUGUGACUGAGAGGAGAAAUGGAGCAGCUGGACCGAGAAACCUUCUCCUGUUCCAUCUGUCUGGAUCUACUGAAGGAUCCGGUGGCUAUUCCCUGUGGACACAGCUACUGUAUGAACUGUAUUACAAACUUCUGGGAUGAAGGUGAGAAAAAGAAAAACUACCACUGUCCUCAGUGCAGGAAAACCUUCACACAGAGGCCUGACCUGCAGAAAAACGCCAUGUUAGCAGCUUUAGUGGAGCAGCUGAAGAAGACUGGACUCCAAGCUGCUCCUGCUGAUCUCCACUAUGCUGGACCUGAAGAUGUGGCCUGUGAUUCCUGCACUGGAAGAAAACUGAAAGCCAUCAAGUCCUGUUUAUUCUGUCUGGCCUCUUUCUGUGAGAAACACCUUCAGCCUCAUCAUGAUGUGGCUCCAUAUAAGAAACACAAGCUGGUGGAGCCGUCCAAGAACCUCCAGGAGAACAUCUGCUCUCGUCAUGAUGAGGUGAUGAAGAUGUUCUGCCGCACUGAUCAGAAGUGUAUCUGUUAUCUCUGCUCUGUGGAUGAACAUAAAGGCCACGACACAGUCUCAGCUGCAGCAGAAAGGACUGAGAGGCAGAGAGAGCUGGAGGAGAGACGAGGAAAAAUCCAGCAGAUGAUCCAGGACCAGGAGAAAAAUGUGAAGCUGCUUCAACAGGAGGUGGAGGCCAUCAAUCACUCUGCUGAGAAAGCAGUGGAGGACAGUGAGAAGAUCUUCGCUGAGCUGAUCCGUCUCCUCCAGAAAAGAAGCUCUGAGGUGAAGCAGCAGAUCAGAUCCCAGCAGGAAACUGAAGUGAGUCGAGUCAAAGAUCUUCAGGAGAAGCUGGAGCAGGAGAUCACUGAGCUGAAGAGGAAAGACGCUGAGCUGGAGCAGCUCUCACACACAGAGGAUCACAACCAGUUUCUCCUCAACUACCCCUCACUGCCAGCACUCAGUGAGUCUACACACUCAUCCAGCAUCAACAUCCGUCCUCUGAGACACUUUGAGGACGUGACAGCAGCUGUGUCAGAGCUCAGAGAGAAACUACAGGACGUCCUGAGAGACUCAUGGACAAACAUCUCGGUGAUGGUCACUGAUGUGGAUGUUCUACUGUCAGAACCAGAACCAAAGAGCAGAGCUGGAUUCUUAAGAUAUUCAUGUGAAAUCACACUGGACCCAAAUACAGCACGCAGUUUUCUGUUACUAUCAGAGGGAAACAGGAAGGUGACAUUAAUGAAGCGGGAUCAGUCUUAUUCUAGUCACCCAGACAGAUUUACUGGUUGGUUUCAGGUUCUGAGUAGAGAGAGUCUGACUGGAUGUUGUUACUGGGAGGUGGAGUGGAGCGGGAAAGGGGUUUAUGUAGCAGUCGCAUACAAGAACAUCAGCAGAGUAGGAGUUGGGAAUGAAUGUGGAUUUGGACGUAAUGACAAAUCUUGGGCAUUAGAGUGUUACCAAAACAGUUUUAGAUUUGGUCACAAUAAUAUCUGGACCUCCAUCUCAGGUCCUGGUUCCUCCAGAAUAGGAGUUUACCUGAAUCACAGAGCAGGUAUUCUGUCCUUCUACAGCGUCUCUGAAACCAUGACUCUCCUCCACAGAGUCCAGACCAGAUUCACUCAGCCGCUACUGGCUGGAGUUUGGGUUUGUAACACUGGAACCUCUGCAGAGAUCUGUGAACCCAAAUAGAUUUUCUCUUUCUUUUUUUUUCUGAUUGAUCACGGUUCAUUGUUCUGAUGUCUUUGCUCUGCUGUUCUGCUCUUUAUGUUUCUGGUUUCAAUUGUAGUUCUGUGUUUCAGGAUUCAUAAAGUAAAACAUUGCUGAUUUAUUUUGUUCUUAUGACAGAAAUAUUUCUCCACAUGAAAAUAUAAAAUUCUCUGGACUUUAAUAGUUUUUGCUUUAAUAUUUAUAUUGAUGUAUUUGGAUGUUCUGAUUGUUCUUAUUUUAAUCAGUUGAGAUUGAAGUGAACUGAACUUGCUACUGUUUUCUUUAUUGAUCAAAAACAAAACAAAGAAUAAAAUUUAAACUAACACCAACUCACAACUGACGCUGUUUUUCUUCAAUUCUUUAGAUUCAAAUCAGAAAAACAUUUCUCUUUUGCAUUCUUAAAAAAACUAUUACAGAUUAAUUUUUUAAGUUUUCUCCUCGUUAUUACAAUAAAUUGUGACUUUUGUCAAAUAAAGUGCAGAAACUUUUCCUUCAGUCUCAUUUGAUGCUGGAGAAGAUCAGA